GCCGUGCCGACCCCGGCCUGCGCGCUGCUGCUGCUGUUCCCGCUCACCGAGCAGCAUGAGAACUUCAGGAAGCAACAGACUGAGAAAAUAAAGGAUCAAGAAAUCAGUUCCAAGGUGUAUUUCCUGAAGCAGACAGUCAGUAAUUCCUGUGGGACAAUUGGUCUGAUACAUGCAGUUGCUAAUAACAAGGACAAAGUGAAGCUUGAUGAGGGGUCUGCCCUGAAGAAGUUUCUUGAUGAAACAGCUGAUUUGUCUCCUGAAGAGAGAGCUAAGCAUUUUGCAAAUAAUAAGGCUAUACAAGAAGUCCACAAUUCGGUUGCACAAGAAGGACAAUGUCGGGUUGAGGACAACAGUUUGAACUUCCACUUCAUCCUGUUUGUCAAUGUGGAUGGACACCUGUACGAAUUGGAUGGCCGUAUGCCAUUUCCUGUAAACCAUGGCACAAGCUCGGAUGACUUGCUGUUGAAGGAUUCUGCUAAGAUCUGCAGACAAUUUACAGAACGUGAAAAAGGAGAAGUUCGUUUUUCUGCUGUGGCUUUCUGCAAGUCUGCCUGAGACUCUGAAGAGAUGCAAGGAAAACAGUCUAAUAGCACACUAGUAAAUGCAGUUUAAAUUCCAGUGCUUCAGUACUUGUUAAACACCGCUGUUCUGGUAACUAUUUCCACCUUUUUGCUAUACACAAGAGCAACAUCAGCUGAGCUUAUGUUAAAGGAUGAGCUCAAGUUUUAAUGUGAACAGUUUGGACACAUCAGAUAUCUUUAGACUCUUUUUUCACAUGUUAAGUAGAAAAUGCUUAACAGGGCUUGUUUGAUCUGUGUCAUGUUAAUUGAGUUGUUGGUUGAUAUUUCCUUGUCCUUGAUGAGAAUAAAAUGUUCUGCUGGAUAAAUGGA